UGUGUUCUUUUCUUUUCUUUUUUCCUCCAGACUUUCCCAAAUCCCAGAAUUAAAAAAAAAAAAGGAGAAAUGUUACCUUAACACGUACCCAAUAACAAGAAAAAAAAAAAACGCGUUUCUUUUUCCUUUUUUCUGUUUAUUCUUUUUUAAAUAUUUUGACGCCAAUCGAAAACAACAUCGGACGACAAAGAAAAACAACAAGAAGAGGGAAAACAAAAACGAACAUAAGAGAGAAAUGGGAGCUUACAGGGCGGAUGAUGACUACGAUUACUUGUUUAAGGUUGUCCUGAUUGGUGACUCCGGUGUUGGAAAAUCCAACCUUUUGUCUAGAUUUACAAGAAACGAGUUUAGCCUUGAAUCUAAGUCUACUAUUGGGGUUGAGUUUGCCACCCGUAGCAUUCAUGUUGAUGAUAAGGUUGUUAAAGCUCAGAUUUGGGAUACUGCCGGACAAGAAAGAUAUCGUGCAAUAACCAGUGCAUACUACCGUGGUGCUGUUGGUGCUUUACUAGUCUAUGACGUCACGCGUCAUGUUACAUUUGAAAAUGUAGAAAGGUGGCUGAAGGAACUUCGCGAUCACACUGAUGCCAACAUUGUGAUUAUGCUAGUUGGGAACAAGGCAGACCUGCGUCACUUGCGAGCAGUUGCCACUGAAGAUGCAAAAUCUUUUGCUGAACGAGAGAACACCUUCUUCAUGGAAACUUCUGCACUGGAGUCUCUGAAUGUUGAGAAUGCCUUCACAGAAGUGCUGACCCAGAUUUAUCGUGUUGUAAGCAGGAAAGCUCUAGAUAUUGGGGAUGACCCAGCAGCUUUGCCCAAAGGCCAGACGAUCAAUGUAGGAUCAAAAGAUGAUGUAUCAGCUGUGAAGAAAGUUGGAUGUUGCUCGGCUUAAGCAUGGGGAAUAAGUCUAGAGAUAUUUAUCUUUGAAAUUUAAUGCCUUUGUUCAUAUCUACAUAGAAGUUUCCUGACAGCACAAAGAAGAAAACAUCAACAAUGUAUUAACCAGUUGACAUUGUGCUUUGGAUGCUAAACACAACUCAUUUAUGUUAAUUAGCUUAAACUCUAGGACUUAAGAUUGAUGGUUUUAUGUUGUUUUUCUUUGUUAAUUUCAAACAUUUUGCUUUUAAUUC